GAACGCGCAGUCUAUACAAUCUACGUCUAUGAUCUUUGUAAAAAAACAAAAAAAAAAAAAACAAAACGUGCAACAGUGAAAGUGCUGUAAUAAAGAGUUGUUAAAGCGAACCGUUGACGUUAGCAAAUCUUUUCCCUUUACGCGCGUUCCUCGUUGUUUUCUCGCGCGUCCUCACAGAAGAAAUAACUAUUUUUCCCCACCAAAAUCUUUACAAUUAUGCAUAACUCAGACGAGAACAACAUCGAUCUGGAAAAUUGUAGAAAAUUGGUCAAAUCAUACAUCGAUUUGCACCUGUACAGCGCCGCUUUGUUUUGGGCUGACAAAGUGGUGUCACUUAGCCAGGAAGAUCCGAAAGAUGUGUGCGUUUUAGCGCAGUGUAUGUAUCUUAUGAAACAGUACCAUCGUGCUGUGCAUCUUAUCAAAAGAUACGGACUGGAAAAGACCGAUAUAAUGUGUCACUAUUUAACUUUGAGGUGUCUGCUAGAAGCUAGGGAAUAUAAUGACGCACUUCAAAUUAUUAAUGACUAUGAAAUAUACAUGAGCAUACAAGCAAGCGUCUUUCACGAUACUCCCAAAAAUGUUCAGAGUUCAAUAUUAUACAUAAAAGGAAAAAUAUAUGAAGCUAUGGAUAACAGAGCAGUAGCAACGGAAUAUUACAAACAAGCUUUGCAGCGUGAUGUUUAUUCUUACGAAGCAUUCGAAGCUUUGGUGCAAAAUCAGAUGCUUUCAGCUCCUGAGGAGCAGGAACUCUUGGAAUCUCUACCCUUUUCUGAACAAUGUACAAAAGGUGAAGCAGAACUCUUGCGACUGCUGUACGAUAGCAAAUUAAAGAAAUAUCAGGAAACGCCAAUCACAAAGGAAUCAGUAGCUACAUGUAGUAUAAUGGGUACUUCCGUCAGUAUUAGAUUAGCAAAUAAUUUGGACAUGGUAGUGGCAAAGGCUGAGAGAUUGUAUUAUAACUGUGAUUAUCAUCAAUGCUUUUCUCUCACAGAAAAAAUAUUGAAAAAAGAUCCAUACCACAAUUCCUGUCUUCCAGUGCACAUUGCCUGUCUAGUCGAGCUCAAAAAGACUAACUCUUUAUUUUAUCUGGCACAUAAAUUGGUCGAUUUGUAUCCGGAAAUGGCCUUGGCGUGGUUCGCAGUUGGAUGCUAUUAUUACACAAUAGGUAAGAGUGAUCAAGCUAGAAGGUACUUAGCAAAGGCCACCGCACUGGACAGAUUGUUUGGUCCCGCUUGGUUAGCGUAUGGACAUUCUUUCGCGGUGGAAAAUGAACAUGAUCAAGCAAUGGCUGCUUAUUUCAAAGCCUCACAACUAAUGAAAGGUUGUCAUCUUCCGCUUUUGUACAUUGGAUUAGAAUGCGGUUUGACGAACAACUUAAAGCUGGCUGACAAGUUCUUUCAGCAAGCUCAAGGAAUAGCAGCUAAUGACCCAUUUGUAAUACACGAAAUGGGUGUAAUAUGUUUUUAUAGUUCAGAUUACAAAAAUGCAGAACGAUUAUUUAAGGAAGCCAUGAAAAGUGUUCAAGGCGACCUAAGAAAUGUAGUUCUGCCCAGCAAGUGGGAGGCGCUGCUGAAUAAUCUGGGACACACUUGUAGAAAAAUGAAAAAAUACGACGAGGCAUUAGAGUAUCAUCAACAGGCGCUAGUCUUAGACCCUUUGAAUCCGUCAACUUACUCGGCGAUCGGAUUUGUUCACGCUCUGACGGGCAACAUUCAUGACGCGGUGGACGCGUUUCACAGAGCGCUCGGUCUCAGGAGAGACGAUACGUUUACUGCUACCAUGUUGGGUUCUGUGAUGGAACGGUUGAUCGAGGAAGCGCCACCGUAUCCUGACGCACCUACGGAAAUACCGAAAUAUGGAUCUGUGUCUCAAGAUAGCGAAUUGAAACUUGUGUCCGAGUCUGAGGAUAGCGAAGUUGAAUUGUCUAUGAAAAAUUCCAUCAACAUGGCUGGCAGUUCAGACGGUCAGAAUAUCGACAAGUUAAGGGUAAAUCUGUUCUCCGGUAGCUGGGGAGAAAACUCCAGUGGAAAAGGAGAGAGCAGCACGUCCAACAAACUGGAGGGACAAACGCGAGACGUACUAGUUGUUAAUUAUUCGACUGGUGAUGCUUCUGAAGUUGAGAUGUUAGAUUCGUCGCACCCCGCACACAUUGAUCACUCGUACAAUUAAAACUGCAAGCUUUUUUUUUUACGUUUUUCAAUCGGCACCGUGUCAAAGCACUUCGAAAACUAUCACCGAAUGAUAUUUUAUCGAGUGCUGAAAAAAUAGGAAAAAUAUCGCAGGUAAAAAAAUAGUUACGUUUCUAAUCAAAUAUAUACAUACACUGUGUGCUAAGAUUUUUUAUGUGUGCUGUGUGAUAUAUCACAAAAAUAAAAAUUGUUUAAUUAAGAAAGAGUAGAAUUUUCGCCUGAACGAUAUUUAUUUUCCGCAUGUAAAAUACAUUCAAUAUAAAUAAUGUAAUAUUUUUUUACAUUAUCAUCUAGUUUUGAUAUAUAUACCUUACGACAUCGUGCAAAAACUUCUUAUAGUAAGAUAAUUUACUUCAUCAAAUUGUACAAUAUGAUUAUAAUAAAUGUGUUAGAAUAAA